CCUUAAGUUGCCCCGAUAGUAACUAGCAGUCGCAGAGCACAUGCCUGCCUGGCUCUCUGCGUGCUGCUCCUCCGCUCUUACCUGCUCGCGAAUUCACCUUGUCAUCGCCUCGGGUCCCUCGCCCACCCUUCACAGAAUCAGAAAAGCUGUGUUCUCCAGCGUCAAAGAGAUCUGGCUUUUGGGGGGUGAUUCCUAGACAUUGGAGCUCAAAGAAGUCAAGUCACUCCUAGGGAAGUCAAGUAUGACGAAAAGCGAUGGAGAAGAGCCGCGGAGGGGAGGCAGGGUGGAGAGAUUCCAGCAGGGAGUCCGCAAACGCACUCUGUUGGCCAAGAAAAAAGUGCAGAACAUCACAAAGGAGGAUGUUAAAAAUUACCUAUUUCGGAAUGCUUUUGUGCUGCUCACUGUCACUGCAGUCAUUGUGGGCACGAUCCUUGGAUUUGCGCUCCGACCAUACAAAAUGAGCUACCGGGAGGUCAAGUACUUCUCCUUCCCUGGGGAGCUUCUGAUGCGGAUGCUGCAGAUGCUGGUGCUGCCUCUCAUCGUCUCCAGCCUUGUCACAGGAAUGGCGGCCCUAGAUAGUAAGGCAUCAGGGAAGAUGGGAAUGCGAGCUGUAGUCUAUUACAUGACUACGACCAUCAUUGCCGUGGUGAUCGGCAUAAUCAUUGUCAUCAUCAUCCAUCCUGGGAAGGGCACAAAGGAAAACAUGCACAGAGAAGGCAAAAUUGUACAAGUGACAGCUGCAGAUGCCUUCCUGGACUUGAUCAGGAAUAUGUUCCCUCCAAAUCUGGUGGAAGCCUGCUUUAAACAGUUUAAAACCAACUACGAGAAAAGAAGCAUUAAGGUGCCAGUCCAAUCCAAUGAGACACUCGGCGCUGUGAUCAACAACGUGUCAGAGGCCAUGCAGACUCUUUCAAGGAUCACAGAGGAGAUAGUCCCAGUUCCAGGGUCUGUGAACGGGGUCAACGCCCUGGGACUAGUCGUCUUCUCUAUGUGCUUUGGUUUGGUGAUCGGGAACAUGAAGGAGCAGGGACAAGCCCUGAAAGACUUCUUUGACUCUCUCAAUGAAGCCAUCAUGAGAUUGGUAGCAGUGAUAAUGUGGUACGCCCCUCUGGGCAUCCUCUUCCUGAUCGCAGGGAAGAUCGUGGAGAUGGAAGACAUGGGCGUGAUUGGGGGCCAGCUGGCCAUGUACACCAUGACAGUCAUCGUGGGCUUACUCAUUCACGCGGUCAUCGUCCUGCCCCUCCUGUACUUCUUUGUGACGCGGAAAAACCCUUGGGUGUUUAUCGCAGGGUUGCUGCAAGCGCUGGUCACAGCUCUGGGAACCUCCUCCAGUUCCGCCACCCUGCCCAUCACCUUCAAGUGCCUGGAGGAGAACAAUGGCGUGGACAAACGCGUCACCCGAUUUGUGCUCCCAGUAGGGGCCACCAUUAACAUGGAUGGGACCGCCCUCUAUGAGGCUUUGGCUGCCAUUUUCAUCGCUCAAGUUAACAACUUUGAGCUGAACUUUGGACAGAUUAUUACAAUCAGCAUCACAGCCACGGCUGCCAGUAUCGGGGCAGCUGGGAUCCCUCAGGCGGGCCUGGUCACCAUGGUCAUCGUGCUGACGUCCGUGGGCCUGCCCACUGACGACAUCACGCUCAUCAUCGCGGUGGACUGGUUCCUGGACCGCCUCCGCACCACCACCAACGUGCUGGGAGACUCCCUGGGAGCCGGCAUCGUUGAGCAUUUGUCUCGACAUGAACUGAAGAACCAAGAUGCUGAGAUGGGUAACUCAGUGAUCGAAGAGAAUGAAAUGAAGAAGCCCUAUCAACUCAUUGCCCAGGAAAGCGAAACCGAGAAACCCAUCGACAGUGAAACCAAGAUGUAGACUAACAGAAAGAAAUGCUUUCUUGAGCACCAGGUGUUUGAAAACCACGACAAAAUGCUUCCAUCUCAUUACAGCGCCUUCUCUUCAGUAAGCCCCUUACCUCCCUUCUCCUCCCAGCUGUCAUAGGAUUUGGAAGCCUGCAUCCAAAAACAAGGGAGGAUUUUGCAGUGGCCAAAAUGUAAAGUAUUCAUCCCACAUUUCAAAGUUCUGGUCAUUUCGUGUUCAUCUUAUCUAUAACAAGGUACUGAGAUCAAAAGUAGCCUUGAUCGGAUCCUGCAAGUCCAUGUGACACACAAUCCUGUAAAUGUGAUUUUUUUUUUUUUAUAACUUAACGAGCCAAACAAAUAGUAGGCUAAAAACAUGCUUUUAAAAUCAACUUUCAAAAUUUAGAAAUCCUUCAGAAUACACUUCAGUUUUAGUAGCAAAGCAACACACCUUGAUAAACUGCCAUCAGCUAUCAGUUGGACAGAAGGGUGUCUUCCCCUCCUGUUCUGAUUUGUUUUCUCAUUUUAUUAGUAGCAGGACAAUAUGAAUACCCACCUAGAACAGCUGUGAGCAGGUGCAUAAAGUGAAAUUUCCAUGUGGCCAUGGGCAAGCUAUGUCUUAUCUCUGGGCCUCAGUGGCCUCAUCUGUAAAAUGGGUGAGCUCUCUAAAUGCCUUUGUGGUCUCUUGUAGCCCAAUAUCCUGUGGCAUCAUUGCAAGAGCCUGUCCUUGAUUUCUCCUGGGAACAUCUUAAGCAAGUAUCAUCCCAUGGAGCAUGGGACUUUAAGAAAGGACAUUUAUUAGAAAUGAACACUUCAAAGUAAAGGCGGUAUGGUGGUGUGGUCUACUAAGUUCUGUGUCCAGAAUGUCAGUUGUACAAGUCACUAGACCAGAGGCCAUUCUAGGAGUGGAAAGAUACAUGAUCUUUUCACUCACUUCUUCCCAUCAGGGAAGUUUUCCCUUCUUCCUACCCUCCACUGGACUGCUCUGAGAAGGAUGUCUCCCGCCUCUCCUCAACUGACAAUAGACUUUUAGAAACUAAAAUGUAAGACUAGCAACUAGCAAGGGUGCUUGUGGUCUUACUACGGAACACUAAAGAGCCAGCCAGGAAAGAAGGAACCACGGGUGACAUGAUAAAAAGAGGAUUUUAAAACACCAAGGUUAUAUGUAGGUCACCUUUAAGGAAGAAUUUUUUAAUAAAAGAGUUUAUUUUUUUUUAAACUGGAAACACUUUUUUCUCUUCAGUUCAAAAACAUUCCCAAAGGAAGCCUGCAUAUCAAAACAUAAGUUUAUUUCUUAUAUAUUUUAAACAAGUCAAAUGAAUGAGCUUUCUCUCUAAGAGAGGGCUGUGAGCUGGGUGGGUGGUCUCUUAUUUGAAAAGGUUUUUGACUAUAAUCAAAAGUUCUUAGGAUGAAGGAAACAAGAUACUUCUUUGUGUUGGAAUCCCACUUACCAAAUCAGUCAAAAUCUUCAGCUGGAGUGGGGUUUCGUGAUGUUUUGUUUGAGUCCCUGAAAGAAAUGGUAGAAGAUGAAUCAGUAUGAAGACAUUGUCAAUGUGGUUCCAAAAACAAAAAACAAAAAACACCAGCAGGAGCACUGGGUUCAGGCGAGGCAGCUCCCAGGUUUAGAGAUUAAUUUUUUACCCCCCAAGGAAUAUCUAGUCAAAGACGUGGAGUGGGAGCUGUCAAACAAUAACCAUCUGUGUUUGAGUUUCUGAUUGAAAAUUGGUGAAGAAUGGACUUAAUUAUCCUAACAGGCUGAAAAUCUGGACACACCCCCUCUGAUAUACAGUUAGAGAGAUUCUUAUAUAGAUCCCGAGCAUUAUGUGUGUGCAAAAGUUAAGGUUAGGCUGUGGUGGAGUAACCCUGUCAAGGCUUGGUUUGGGAAAUACACUACAAAAGUUACGGUACAUGGAUGUCAUCUUAUGAUGCCAGUAGGGCAAAAAUUAAUCAUGUCAAAUUAAUUCUGUUUCCCAGUGUGAUCGUUUUUUUAUACUAACCAUGUCUUAUGGAAAGCAAGUCCUCUAGGGUGGCCCUCCCGCCAGCCCAUCACAGGCUCUGCGUGUACACGCACCCGUGUGGACUGAGACGCAUUACCUUGUAGAUGUAUUUUCAAUA